AUGCGAGUUUCGGCCUACGAUCUCACUCGUUGUGCACCAUCCUGGAGCAAGUCAGAUGAAAUUCUCAUACAAAACCUGUGUAUUUGCUGUCUGCAGUCCCUGUCUCUCGGUUUGCGCAGUCGAUUAGAGAGGGCGAUGGCAGAUGUCGAAGAAGUGAGAAUCGAGCUGGGUACGAAACCGUCACACGGUGACCGGACUGAACGACAGAGGAUUGCUUUGAGAGAAUCAGAACUACUAGCAGAGCUGGAGAACGCCAAGAAGGAGAUCGAAGCGCUACAUCGGCGGAUGGAACAGAUUGAAGACGAAAAGGAUUCUGAAGCUGAGCACCUCGAGAAGUUAACAAAUAAGUUAGAACAACUCAGACAACAACAAGCCCGCAAAAUUGCCGGUUUACAAACCAAAACGGAACAACAGAAGCUUACAGGUCAGCAGCAGGAGAAACUACUGACUGCUGCAAAAAGCCUAAUUGCCGGUGUUCGUCAAAAGCAAAUUCGUGCACAAAAGUCAUCGUUGGGUUUUGAGGCCACAGUUUUGUAUAACUCUGGCAUUUUUUCUGAAUUUCCUUCGGAAGCUGCUGGACUUUAG